AUGUUAGUGCUUAGACUUAGACAGCGUGCGCCUGUGGGCGCACGGCACACUUCUGGUGCCUGGGGCAUCUGCUGGUCGCCGAGCUGCCCCAGGCCUAGGGCUCCUGGCCUUUACGAGGCCCGGGCCUUUGCCGGCCGUGCCUCCAAAACCAAAGAGGCUGGAGGGAAGCAGGAGGCCAAAGCGGAAGAGGCUCCAGUUGCCGAGUCCACCGCCAGUCCGCCCAAGGAGGCUGGGAGCGGUAGCUCUGGACAGAGUGUUCCCAAGGCGCUGCUGGUGCUGCCCCUUUUCAGGAAGCCUGCCUUUCCGAGUUUCAAGCAGGUCUUGCAGGUGCGAGAGCCCGAGGUUGUAGAAAUCCUGAAGACCCUGCGGAACAAGGGCCAGGGCGAGUACAUCAGCGGCUUCCUGGCGAAGGAGCAUGCCGGCAUGGAGGCCUCGACCACUGGGACUGACAAUGCAUCGGUCCUGCGUCGGGACGCUGGUCGCGUUGCCAGUGCAUCUCUUUUGGAAGACGUGGGCACCGUGCUCCAGGUCCUGGAAUUGACGUCCUUUGGAACCAACCAGGGUGGUCAGAUCACAGUGAUGCCCCGAUACCGGGUCCGGCGCGUAGGCACGCUGUCCCAGCAUGGGCCCAAGGCACUGGGGAGCUUUGGAGGAUUUGAUUGCACGAAGCCAACCUUACAGUCCAAGUCCAUACUCAGCACCCUGUCCAUGCAUGAUGGGUGCUGCCGCGAGCACAUGGCCUCGGUAGAGACGGUGGCAGUCUGA